AUGGCCCAUUACGAUGCUGCUGAGGGCCACUCGCGCCGGCCACGGCCACGGGUUCGCUUCUACCAGGACGACGUAGAAAUUCCCGCCUCUGGUCGCCCUCGGAGAUAUGUUUUCAACGCGCCAACGUCGUCGAGGCGUCGCGGCCAAUAUUCUGGCGACGGAUAUGGAUAUGCCCCAGAGCGAACGACAGAAUCUACCUUGCCGCCUUGGACACGUCUCGACCGGCGCAUGCCGUCGCCCUAUGAUGAUCCGCCAGCGCAAACAUUUUCAGGUCCGCCUGCUUCCAAAGUGAGGCGGGCGAGGCAUCGUGAUGCAGACGCCAUCUCUGCGCCUAACAUUUACGACGAGGAGGCGUCGUUGUCAGCUGCGAUCCCUCCACUCCCGCCAAGGGGGAGGUGCUCGCAGUCUCCCCCAAUAAUGGACAGUAGGGAAGCAGUCGACAUUGGCUCGUGGCAGCCAUCAUCUUCCAGGAGCGAUGCGGACCAAAGUUCUGAUCGAAGCCGUUCUCCAUUCAGGAGGCGGUACCGCCGCGGCGAUGAUGGCCCCAGAGUUCGCGCGUACAAGUCUGGAGAUGCAGAAGUCUAUCAUGUUGACCAAGGACAGAAUGAUAGGCCUCUUCGUCCACCGAGUCCCACAGCCAGAGGUUUUGAUCCAUAUGACGAGUUCAAUUUCUUGUUUCUAAGUUCGCCUGUUACUGAGGAAGAACUGUCAGAUCUGGAAUCGCCAGCAGUAGACUCGGACUCCGCACGUAGAGCCGAUCAUGAUAGUACGGCAAAUUCAAACGCAAAGAAGAUUUAUUCUUCACAUUACACCGGGAGUGCCGAGCUUGGAGGUGUUCAUGCAGCCAAAUUGACCGAGCUGAUCGGCAAGAAAAGGUCACUAUUCAAGUGGCUUCAUAUUCGCCAAGAAGUCAUGCACUUUGACAAUUUUUGGGCCGAAAUCUCGCGCCAAAUCCAUUUCCCCGAGCCCGAAAGACUUGCCUUGGCAAAGCUCAGAGCAGAUGUCAAAAAGAGCUCUAUCAGGACACGACAAAACCCCAAAGGGGAAAGGGUUGGGUAUAUGGAGCCAAGAUGUUUCGAAAUACCUCUGAAGUCUCCUACAAACCAGCUCUCUGAUCAAGGGAAGCCAACAGGCUCUUUGAGAUGGAUUUGUCUCCCGUAUUUCUCUCUGCAGAAGUACUCGGGUCUUCUUGCGGGCUCAACCACGUCCGUAUUUCCCUCUCAGACACUAUUGCAGGCACAGUACUCUCGCACAACGGAACAGAGAGACAUGCUACAAGCUGUGCGCCAAGUGGCCGCCACCAAAACUAAUGAAUGCUUUCAUAUCGCGCAGCUCUGGUGCGUAGUUCUGGACAAUUCACUCCUCGUAACUUGCGGCACCAUGUCCGAGCUCGAUCUCUGCGGAGACUUGGUCCAAGUCAAGUCUCAGCCGUCGCCGGAGGCCGCUGGGUCAACGCCUGGAAGGAUUCAUGUCCACGAAACCGCGGCAGAUGUUCUUGUCCAACUUUCACGCUUUUUGGCCGAGAAACUUGGAGUUUACAUGUAA